UUAACCGUCAUUGCGACAAUAGUUACAAUAUGGUACUAUUGACACUAACACUUGCGUUAUUAUUAACUGUAACAACAUGCAUAUCACAAGAAAAUUGCUUGAGCAGGGAUUAUGGCAACGGUGGUACCGUCUGCGUAUGUAAUUCCGAACACUGCGAUACCUUCCCAAAACUGGAAAAAACAGAACAGGGACACUUUCAAGUUUACACGUCUAAUAAAGACGGUCAAAGGUUUCAGAAAGAAUCGGGAGAAUUUUCACAAAAUAGUGAAGAUUCUACCGAAAACCAAGUUAUUAUCGAUCGGAGUAUACAGUACCAGCAAAUUGAAGGCUUUGGCGGCGCUUUUACAGACUCUGUGGGCAUAAAUAUAGGAUCGUUGGAUGAAAACGUGCAAAAAUUUCUCCUACAAUCCUACUUUUCGAACGACGGAAUUGAAUAUUCACUGUGUCGAAUACCAAUCGGUGGUACUGAUUACUCAACACGUGCUUAUACCUACGACGACGGAGAGGAAGAUCCUGACUUGAAUAACUUUGCUUUGACUGAAGAAGACUUUAAAUACAAAAUUCCUUACAUGAAACAAGCAAUGGAAUUACGAGGUGAAGACAAAUUACGAUUUUUAGCGUCUCCUUGGAUGGUGCCAAAAUGGAUAAAAACCAACGGAAAGUACGACGGUUUAGGAUUCAUUAAACCUGAAAUGUACCAAACGUGGGCGUCAUAUUUUCUCAAAUUUCUCGAAAACUAUAAAAAAGAAGGUAUAGAAUUUUGGGCAGUCACUACACAAAAUGAACCAAGCUUAGCAGUAAUAGGAGGAGCUAAAGGUGUCGGAUCAACUGGUUGGGAUUCUGAACAUUUGGCACAAUGGGUUACUAAUAAUUUAGGACCUACCAUAAAAAAUGAAUCUUUCUCCGACGUUAAAAUUAUUAUUCUAGAUGACCAAAAACCAUUUUUACCUUGGUAUGUCAAUUCUGUUUUGCGAGAUAAAGCAACCCAAUAUUACGUAGAUGGUAUUGCAAUCCAUUGGUACUUCGGUCUCAUAACCCCAUCCAGUGUCAUGGAUAAAACUCACAAAAACUUCCCUGAUAAAUUUAUAAUAUCAACCGAAGCUUCUUGUGGUUUUGCUUCAAAAAGUGAAGCUGUUUUACUGGGUUCAUGGAAUCGUGGCGAGGCAUAUGCCAUUGACAUAAUGGAGGAUUUACAAAACUGGGUUGUCGGCUGGGUUGAUUGGAAUAUGUGUCUAAAUCAGGAAGGAGGUCCGACUUACAUUGAUAAUUUCGUAGAUGCACCGAUCAUAGUUAACGCUUCAGCAAAUGAGUUUUACAAAAAUCCCAUGUUUUAUGCUCUGGGGCACUUUUCUAAAUUUUUGCCAGUUGGUUCCAUUCGUGUUGACUCAAAAACAGAUCUUGAUCAAGACGAGGUGAUGGUUGUGGCUUUUCAACGGCCGGAUGACGGAAUAACAGUUAUAAUAUUAAACAAGAAAGAGGAACCUAUUAGUGUCAGUCUUUUCGACGAAACCAGAGGAGCGGCAACAAUUAAUAUCAGCCAGAAAUCAGUUAAUAGCAUCCUUUAUUGGUAAUUUUUUAUUUGUCUUUGUACAAAAAAAUGAAAUUUAUUGUUAAACCGGUACUUAAUUAAAUUCAAUAAAGUAUAAUACUUAUGCAUACAUACUCGUAAAUUCAUAAAAUAAUAUAGCAAUGUCAAGUAAGGACAUUAUUAAAUGUGUUUUGACGUAAAAUAUAAACUUGUAGCUUAUCAAAAAUGGUAAUGCUACUGUAACCGAUACAUUUUAAUAAAUCAUAAGCACAAAAGUAGGUAUUUAAAAAUUAAUGG